AUCAAAACCAAUUAAAUCUUCUUUCUGAAGUCCGACCGCUCUGUCUCUCUCGACUCUCAGCUUCAAGCCUUCAGCUCGACUCUAUCAACAGCCUCACUUCACAAGAACAAAAGGUUUCAUCUCUCCUUCUUCCUCUUCAUUUCUGGUGAAGAAACCAAAGCAGCAAGUAACAGAGAGAAACGACGACGUGUUGAUGCUCUGAGCAGCAAAUUAAACAACUACUAAUGGCCAUAGCUGACCAGAAAUCACCUUCUGAUAACAAUAAUAACAAAGUCUGGGGUUUCUUCAAGCUUCCGUUUCGAGGAAGCAACUCCAACACGACACCGUCUUCUUCCUCGUCAACGCAUCUUCACAACCACAAUAACCCACAAAUUGAAGGAUCGAAUGCUCAUGCUUCGAAUUCUGUGUCUUCUGUUGCCAGAUCGCUUUUGCCAACACGGCGUCGUCUUAAGCUUGACCCUGCCGCUAAGCUCUACUUUCCCUACGAACCUGGCAAGCAGGUUAGAAGUGCCAUCAAAAUAAAGAAUACUAGCAAAUCUUAUGUGGCUUUCAAGUUCCAAACAACUGCACCAAAAAGCUGUUUCAUGCGACCUCCAGGAGCUAUUCUUGCCCCUGGAGAAAGUCUCAUAGCAACUGUGUUCAAGUUUGUUGAGCCCCCGGAGAACAAUGAGAAACCAGUUGAACAGAAGAGCAAGGUUAAAUUUAAAAUCAUGAGUCUGAAGGUGAAAGGGGCUAUGGAUUAUGUACCUGAGCUGUUUGAUGAGCAGAAGGAUCAAGUAUCAAUAGAGCAAAUAUUGCGAGUUGUUUUCCUAGAUCCAGAACAUUCAUGUACUGCACUGGAGAAGUUGAAGCGCCAAUUGGCUGAUGCUGAUGCUGCAGUUGAGGCACGGAAAAAGCCUCCAGAAGAUGCUGGUCCAAGAAUUAUUGGGGAAGGACUUGUAAUAGAUGAAUGGAAGGAGCGAAGAGAAAGAUAUCUCGCUCGACAGCAGGUUGAAGGAGUCGACUCUGUAUAAAGUGACAGUAGUCUUCAAGGUGCCUUUUCUAUGAUGAAGAAAAUUACAUAAUUCGCAACUUGGUAUAUUCAUCCAAUCUUUUCAUGUAACGUGAAGAAUGUUUCAUUCAGAGGAUCAUUUAGGACUCCAACAUGUUAUUGUGUAAAAAAGAAAAGUGAGGUGAAGUUUAUGUUAUUUGAGAUGCUCAGACUUAUCCUGUCACUACUUGCAUGUAGAUAAUUAUGAUUUUGUUUUUAUUUUUGCUUCCCCACUAUUGUUUUGCAAAUAAAACUGGUAUUUAUGGAUGUAAUGCACAUGAUUGAUCAGUGUUGAGAA